AUGGCCCUGAGGAUGCUCUGGGCUGGACGGGCCAAGGGGAUCCUAGGAGGCUGGGGGAUCGUCUGCCUGGUGAUGUCUCUACUCCUCCAGCACCCAGGGGUCUACAGCAAGUGCUACUUCCAAGCUCAAGCCCCCUGUCACUAUGAGGGGAAAUAUUUCACCCUGGGUGAGUCUUGGCUCCGCAAGGACUGUUUCCAUUGCACCUGUCUGCAUCCUGUUGGUGUGGGCUGCUGUGACACGUCCCAGCAUCCCAUCGACUUUCCGGCUGGGUGUGAGGUACGUCAGGAGGCAGGAACCUGCCAGUUCUCCUUGGUGCAAAAAUCUGACCCUCGGCUGCCCUGCAAAGGGGGAGGGCCUGACCCAGAAUGGGGCUCAGCCAACACCCCUGUUCCUGGGGCUUCUGCUCCCCACUCCAGCUAAACUCAACUGAUCACCCAUCUGCUGACUGCUCACUGCUGCUGCCACUUCCAGGGAAACCACUAGCAGCUGCCAAUGUAUUCUGAAUAAAUAAAUUAAUGCUAUAGCUGAAA